UUAAAAGUAUUAAACCACACCAAAGCAAAGACACAUAAUCCAAACUCUUUGUAUCAGGGAGCACAAACUGAACAUUUUCAUCAAGGGCUAGUUUUUGCAGGAGGUGGUGAGAAAAAUGGGAUGGAUGGAAUAGUAGUCGGUAUGGUGGGGAUUGAGGGCAUGUUAGGCAGAGGUGGUAGGGUUAUUUUGGGGGUAUUAGGGAUGGUGGGCAAGGUUGGCAUGCUAGGAAGAGGGGGUAGAGUUCCAGGCUUGGGUAGAGAUGGUUGGGUGGUUGGCAAUGUUGGUGUUGUUGGCUGUGGGAGAUUUGGAAUAGAUGGCAAUGGUGGCAGCGUUGCUCUAGGGAAAGUUGGCAUUGGUGGUAAAGGUGGCAUCUGGAGAAGAUAACGAGCUGCUAGGCCAACAUUGAUGCUUGAAAAUGAAAAAGCCAUGAAGAAUGCUAAAACAAAACAAUUGAAAGAGGCCAUUUCUAGAGAUUUGAAACUAAGCAGAGUACUGUUUUCUUAAAGAAGGAAAGUUCUCUCUUAUGGU